CCUCGCGAUAGAACUUCGUAUAAAAGCUCACAGGCCGCAUUAUCGAUAUUCAUUCCUCGAGUGGACAAACUCAAACAAACGCAAUGGCAGCUAAGUUCGUUGUAGUGCUCGCCGCUUUGGUAGCUGUGGUUCACAGCUCCGUGGUCCAUGCUCCCCUAGUCAAGGCAGACACGGACUACAGCAGCUUCUCGUACGAUGUCGCUGACCCCAACACCGGCGACUUCAAAAGCCAGGUGGAGACCCGCGUCGGCGGCACUGUCUCUGGGCAGUACUCCCUCAUCGAGCCUGACGGCAGCAAGCGCACCGUAGACUACGCCGCUGAUGACAUCAACGGAUUCAACGCUGUCGUCCGCAAAGACGCCGCUAUUGUCGCUGCCGCCCCCGCACCAGUCGUGGCCGCCGCUCCUGCCGUCGUCGCCGCUCGCACCGUUGUAGCUGCCGCCCCCGCCGCGCGUGUUGUCGCUGCUGCUCCCGCCGCGUACGUCGCCCCAGCCGCCGCUCCCGCUGCCUACGUCGCCUCCGCCGCCGCCCCCGCUGCAUACGUCGCCCCCGCUGCGGCUCACGCUGCGUACGUCGCCCCCGCUGCAGCUCCUGCCGCGUAUGUCGCUCCCGCCGCCGCGAUCGCCGCUCCCGCCGUGUACGCUGCCUCUGCCCGGACUGUUGCCGCUCCCGCGUUGUACGCGGCUGGUGCUCCUAGCUUCCUUGCCCGCAGUUACGCUGCCCCUGCAUUAUACGGAGCUCGUGCUUUCGCCCCCGCGGUGUACUCCGGCGCGCUGUCCUCUUACUACAACGAAUACCUUAAAGCUCCCCUGGCCUAUUCCGCCUACUCCGCUCCCCUCUCUUACUGGUAAACCGUAAAUAGAACAUUAGCGAUAAACAACGACGAUUCAUGAUCGACUUGUAUGUAAAUAUUAUCACUAGUCUGUACAUACACGAGUUAUAUUAAAAUAAAUAUUAUAUCUUAAUAUUAUAA